UGGGUGCAGUUCGCUAAGGAUAGUAUUUCCCAUAUUACAUUGUGAGCUCGUAUUAAGACGACAACAGAAACUUGUAGUACCAGUAUAUAACGCGAUGACCAGCAGGAAUGGUGUUGCUGGUGAUCAUGACGAUGGAAAGGGUAACGACGAACAUAGCGACAAGGUUGCCAUACCAAGACAUCUGGGCCUUUUCGGCUGCAUCUGGCAUCUCGUUGGUCUAAUAAUUGGCACAGGCAUCUUUAUCUCUCCGACUGGUGUCCUUCGAGGUGCAGGAGGUUCGGUGGGUCUCUCCUUCAUCCUAUGGAUAGUAUGCGCCAUCAUCCAGACGUGUGGCGCCCUCUCGAUGGCCGAGCUUGCUGUCAUCAUGAAGAAGUCAGGAGGGGACUUCACCUUCAUCCUCCAGGCCUGGGGACCCCUGAUGGCUUUCAUCCGCCUCUGGGUGCUCGAAAUGAUCAUCGUACCUAGCGGCGGAGCAGUCAUGAUAAUGACCAUCUCAAGCUACCUGCUGACACCAUUCUUCCAGUGCGAGGAAACUCCUGUCGUGUCUCUGCGACUCCUCGGUGUCUUCUUUCUCCUCUUCAUCGUGGUAAUCAACUGUAUCAGCGUUCGUCUGGCAUCCAAGUUGGCCGGUGUACUCAGCAUUACAAAGAUAGUCGGUCUAGUCAUCAUCAUCAUAACUGGGCUACAUAACCUGACAAAAGGUAAGACAGAACAUUUUGAUGACUCCUUCGACGUGGCGUCUUAUGAUAUCUCUCUCCUUCCCACUGGACUGCUGUCUGGGUUAUGGGCGUAUAGCGGCUGGAGUGUUGUCACCUCAAUCUCUGAGGAAGUAAAGAAUCCGGCACGGAACAUCCCACUGAGUAUCGUCAUCUCGAUGUCCAUGAUCACGAUGGUAUACCUCAUGGCCAACGUCGCCUACUUUACCCUCCUCUCACCGACUCAGAUUCUAACCUCCACAGCUGUUGCAGCGGACUACAGCGUCCAAGCCCUAGGAAUAUCAUGGUCUUGGCUGAUCUGGUUAUUCGUUGCCAUGUCUGCUUUGGGCAGUUUCAACAGCAGCAUAUUCAGAUCUUCCAGGGUGAAGUUUUCAUCGGCCCGAGAAGGUCAUCUUCCCGAGAUCCUGUCCAUGGUCUCCAUCUCGCGAAACACGCCCCUUCCUGCCAUUCUCUCCUGUGUUCUCCUGCUCGUCUACCUAAUCGAAGACGACAUCAUUGCUCUGGUCGAAUACCUCGGUUUCAUAGAUGUCGUGUUUGAAUCAGUUACCAUUGCUAUUGUGCCUUAUUACAGAUGGAAGUACCCCGAUAUCCCGCGACCCUACAAGGUUCCUCUAGUCAUUGCGUUCCUUUACAUGGCAGCGCUAGUAUUCAUCGCUGUCAUGGCCCUCUACGCUCAUCCCGUAAGGAACAGUAUCGCUCUUCUCACCGCUUUUAUUGCCAUCCCUGUCUAUUAUGCAAUGGUACAUCCAAAAUACAAGCUCAAGUGUAUCAGACCCAUUUCGGUAAAAACAACGCGAUUUCUACAGAAACUUUUCUACUGUGUGAGACAAGAGAAAAAGACGUUCUAAUUCUUCCAGAAAUUCCACCUUGAUUAUAUGGCUUGCUCUCCGUUGAAGUUUCGCGCCAAGAUGUUGAGACAUUAUUUAGUUGUAUGAUUUCACUACAUGAUAUCAUUCUCAAGAGUUUGAUAAAACACGCGUGUAAACCGCACCACUUGAUUCGUGCUUAAUUGUUUGUAUAAGGCCCGUGCUCUGAACAGCGGAAAAAGAAGAAGAAGAAG